UCCAGUGGUCGAGGGUCGCGUAACCCCUCCGUUAUCUCUUGCGUUUAAUAACACAUCAGCUUUAACUGGCAUCUCGCCUCGGCUGAUUCUCCAGUCUGAGUAUUUAUUGCGUCCCUCAGCGCUGCGGGGCUGCAGAAGCGAGACUCGGGUGACGGAAGUGAGUUUAGCUUUUAUCCUCUCUGUGGUUUCUCUUACAGCUGCUUUUCUCUUAACGUGAGACACGAUGGCAACUCGGACGGGGAUCGCCUUGGUUUUCCUCGCUGUUUUUGCAUUUGUUGCUGCUGAGGACGAAGAGAGCAAAGAAAGCGUGAUCGAACAGUUGGUUGUGGAGACAUUGGUGAUGCCGGAGACGUGCACGAUUACAUCCGAGAUGGGAGACACGCUUCAAAUCCACUACACGGGUCGAUUAAUGGACGGGAAGGUGAUAGACACAUCUCUGUCUCGUGAGCCUCUGGUUGUAGAAUUGGGCAAGAGGUCUGUCAUCACAGGCCUGGAGCAAGCCCUGGUUGGAGUGUGUGAAGGACAAAAAAUCAAGGCCAUGAUUCCGGCUCAUCUAGCCUAUGGAAAAAGAGGAUACCCUCCAACAAUUCCAGGUGACAGUACGCUGGAGUUCGAGGUGGAGGUGAUCUCUCUGUCCCAGCAGACGCCGUGGCAGAAGCUCAUCAAUGACAUCUUGCCUCUUCUGUGCCUGGCGCUGGUGCCCACUUUACUGGGUUUAGUGGGUCUCUACCUCUACAACAAAGCACACGCACAACCUCAAGCCAAGAAGAAGAGCAAAGACAAGAAGAGCAAGAAGAAAUGAGAUCAAAGCCAAACAGAAUAAACUAUUUAAAUAAAAAAUAUUUUUGGUGCUAUUUUUUUUUUCUUGUGACAUUUGUGAGAUAUUACGACAUAUAAAAACUGGGAUGUAUUGUGGACCCAGAAGAAGUAUUACACUAUUUAUAUUUUAUUUUUACCAAAAAUAGUUUGAGGGUAUGUAUAAUUCUGUGCUUUUUGUCAUUUAUUCAGAUGAUUUUUUUUGCAUAGCCUGAAAACAUUCUGCCUCUCACAUCUUUGUUACCUGUUUCAGUUCAAUAUAUAAUAUCCUUUAAAAGUCUGAGGGCAAUAAGACAUAUUCAUAUUUGUUUUAAAUAAGUCUCUUCAGCUCAUCAAGGCUGCAUUUAUUUGAUUAAAAAGAGUAAAAACA